UCUCACCGGAAGGGUGUUCCCUCUCGAGCAUCGUAUUUCCACCAUUCGGCGGAGACAUGCAAUUGUCCUUUCACAGUGUUCUGCCAGGACAAGAUGGCAUUUGAAUCUGACACUGACGUUCUUCUCUACAAUAAUGAUGAGAUUGGAAUAUUGUGCAAUGGUGAUUUAUACUAUUAUAUCAGACUACCGACAGAAGCCCUGCAAUAGUCCUGCAAAGGAGAAUCAGUGCUUAUAUCUAAAAAUUGAUAUUUUUUGGAAGCAAUGAAAGGUUUCAGUAAUGUUUUUUACAGGAAGAUUUUUUGUCUAUUCUCGCACCAUGGAUUUUUUGGAAUGAAUCAAAUUGAAGAUGCUCUUCUAAAUCCCUGCCACAGACUUCUGAGAAAUUAUUCUUAUUGUAAAUCCAGUUUGGUCUCAGCUGAUGAUGUGGUCAAGUACUGGCAAGGUGUGUUUGAAGCAAAGAAUAUCCCAGAAGCACAGGCAUCCUCUGAAUAUAUUGUUUCUCAUGUCCUGGGAGCAAAAACAUUCCAGAGUCUGAAUGCCAGCAGCAUAUCUGCUCCCCUUUCGGCAAAGCAGCAAAAACAGAUCCAGCAGCUCUGUGCAAAACGGCUACAACGGAUGCCAGUACAGUAUGUUCUUGGUGAAUGGGAUUUCCAAGAUCUGACACUCAAGAUGAGGCCCCCUGUUUUCAUUCCUCGACCGGAGACAGAGGAAUUAGUUUCUCUCAUUCUGGAUGAAGAAUGCAGGAAGAGAUUGACUUCUGCAUGCAGCAAGGACCUUCAGGAUUUCCCAGAGACACAUGGUCCUGUGAUCCUGGAAGUUGGCUGUGGCUCAGGAGCAAUUGGCUUAAGUCUUCUGAAAAAACUUCCUCAUAGUCGGCUCAUUGCCAUUGAUAAAUUAGAAGCUGCUGUUAAUCUCACCAAGGAAAAUGCUGAACGGUUACAUCUACAGGAAAGAAUUCAUACCUUUCACCAUGAUAUUUCUUCAUGUUCUUGGGAAUGCCUGCUGCCCUGGGGUUUGGUAGAUGCUAUCGUCAGUAAUCCGCCUUACAUUUUUCAUGAAGAUAUGACUGACUUGGCAGUGGAAAUUCUCUGCUUUGAAGACCCUGAUGCUCUGGAUGGAGGAAAUGAUGGGAUGAGCGUCAUCAAAGAGAUUCUGAGUGUGGCCUCUUACAUUCUCAAGGACUGUGGGAGUGUGUAUUUGGAAGUUGACCCAAGGCACCCUGAAAUGGUAAAAAAUUGGCUGUCCAGUCAUCCUGAUUUGUUCUUCUUUGUGUCUACCACCUACAAGGACUUCUGUGGAAAGCCAAGAUUUCUGCAUAUCCAAAAACGUAGGGAAGAAGAUCACCAAGGAUCAUGAAUAGUGCUGUCUCCCAACCCUGGAGCGUUUACAGCACUUUCUAAGGGUACGUUCUCAGACAGCUAGAUGUCUCUUGAUAACACCUGCUAACUUGCAUUUUGCUGAGGAUGAUUUUAUUUCAGAUUUCCAAGUUAUUUUGUGAUUAUUGCAGUUGUUGUAUAAGAGACAUACCAUUUAUAUCCAAUCUGUAAUAGUUCUUUAUCUUAUAAUUAGUUUACAUUCUUCAAGCUGAUUGUUAAGAAUACUUUAAAUAUAGAAUAAAAUACUUUAAAUACAAAAACAUGAGAUACUGAAACAAAGUAAAAAAAGUAAAACAUUUUAAAAAAUCUUAAGGAAGAACUUAGCUCAUUUUUCCCUUCCUUUCCAUUGUCCCCUACCACUAAUCACUACUUAAGUAUUUGCCUAUUUAGAGUUUUUGAUCUGGAAAUCAGGUACUGAGAAGCAGGAAUUGAAUUUGCUGAACAAAAGAACCAAAGUUGUAUGUAUCUGUAAUUAAGUACAUAGCUGAGGGGAGUUUCAAAGUGUAUUCUGUGCCAGAUAAUGUAUCAAUAUUGGAUUUUGCUUCUUAAUUUUCCUUUUGAUAAAUACUGUUGUAAAAUGGCAUGUGGUUUUUUCCAGCGCAUUAUUUUAGGAAUGAAAGAAGUACUUGGUUGUAUUAAGCUGUUUGCAUUUUUUAAUAUUUGCCAAAUAAGUCCACUGCUUACAUGGGAGCUGGAUCCAAAUAUAACUUUCCACUGGUAUGUGCUGCCUGUAUCCCUGUACUGCAUCCUUCUAUUUUCUCCUCUCUGGUAGCAUUCAUUUCCCCAUCCUUGUGCCAAUGAUGGCAUGAUCCGUCAAAUGAUACAGCAAAUGCUGACCCUGUCUUAAGGACCCAAAUGGAAUUGCCAUUUCUUCUUGCAUGAGGUGGGUUUCUUUGCCAAAGUGCAUCGUUAAAGGACAACCUGUCUUUUUCAUUACAAAGCAUACCAUAGCAUCUAAUACGCUUUAGGCAAAAGACUACAGAUACCCUUCAGAAGAUAUAUUAACGUGGCAGCCUAUAAGCAGUGUGACACUCCCAGACCUGUCAGUUUUCCUUAGAGGGGAAGCUCUAACAGGGAAAGCCUUUAAUAAUUUAACUACAGGCUCUCUAAAACUUAGUAAUUGCAUCAUUAAUUUGCAGGCAGGUAAUAAUAAUGUUUUGUCAUUUUACAUGAUUGUAUUAUACUGUUAGAGCCUUUUAGCACAGAUUUCAGUUCUUUGAAGACUUUUACAAGGAGAGGAAGAUAGGUGGUGUUUCUCUGCAAUAAAAUAUGCAGUGGUUGAGUUUUGUUUUUCCCCUGAAGCUGCUAGUAGAUGGGGUUCUGUAGGGGCAGUAUACUACUAACUAUAGUAAAGCUGUUCAACAUUGUCAGUUUUCUUAGAAAUAAUACGGGCUUUCUGCCAGGUGGUGACACAGUGCUUCCAGGGUAGGUAAAUGGCUGCAAUUAUCAAGAGGAACUUAAAUGGAGUUGGAAAGUUGCUGUGGUUUCUGACUUGGAGAGGCACUUUGCUUUGGGAAAGAAAGCUGCCUCUACACCCUGGGUCAAAUGUAAUUCUAGUCAUAUUAGAGACCGUGCAAGGAUUAUACUUGCUUCUCUCGAGAGCUAGGAUUGGAGGACCUCAACAAAACGUUGCCCUGUGAACUGCUUCAGUUCAGUGUUUCAGCCAGACUGCCUUUCUUGUCUGAAAGUCAAAAGUUUGGUUACCUAGCAGCAAAGAGGGCAAAGUGAGAGACAGGAUAUCCUCAGUUCAUUGCAAAACCACAAAACUGAGGGGGCAGUAGGCAAGUUGCUUUUUUAGACUAAAUCCAAAACUUUGCACAGUUAUUAUAAGGUUACUGACUUAACAUCUCUGAGGUUCUAACUACUCUUGAAAUGGUCUUAUAUAAAAUAGUUUUGUAUUCUCUGCUAAAUCUGCUGCCCGAAAUGCUUGAUCCAAAUCCAGAGCGCUUGCACAUGUGAUAUUGCAAUCCCACUUAGUUAUAGACCCACCAGCACUAAUUGACUGGAUUUUUAAAAAUUAGGACAGAUAAUAUCAGACUAAUUGAUUUUGGCUGUUUCAUGCAAGCAAGCACACACUGACUUCACCAUUUCUUUGGACCAUUUUUACCACAGUCUAUAAGUGAUUUAAUUCAAGAUUAUACUAAAAUCUGCACCACCACAUUUAGUUUGAACUGCUGCUGAUUAAUCAUGUCAGUUAUUGCAAAUAUUUAAACACACUGGAGGCAAAAUAUUGGUUGCUUAGGUUGGAUUUUCCCAGUGAUGUUUUCACAGAAGAUAAAGCCAAAGAAGGGAGAGUGGAGACAAGUCUCUUGUCACAAGUUUUUUGAAUAGUGACUGAGUUUAUCUAAGCUGUAAAAUGACUGAACUUAUCUAAGUAGUAUUGUUUUUUACUUGGCAUAUUGAAUACGGUCAGUGAAUAAACCUUGGUUUAUUUUAGGGAAAUAACACAUCUGAAAACAAGAUUUGUUGUUGGCUUACUGAUUACAACUGUGACUUUAUAAAUGAGAAAACAUGGUUGGUUUAUGGUUUAUUAUUUAUUUCUGGUCUGUUUUGUGUGUUCCACCCAAGCCUCUAAUAAAUCUUAUUAUAAUCUUGA